AUGAUCGAUCACAAUAUGAAACGGAUAAAUUUUUCUUUAGAAGGAUUGUUUAAUAAUCUGAAACAUCAACUAGAUCCUGAACUAUACAUUAAUGAAGUAGAAUUGGAAGAUUUUAAAAGCCGUAUAAAAAUAUACAAUAUUCAAGGUUUUUACUAUAUUUCUGUGUCAACGUUUCAGGAGAUACUUUAUAUUUAUGCUAAAAUACCAAAAAAUGAAACUUUAUUUGAAUUUUUUCUAGAAAUGGUUAGUAUUUGUAAAAUAGAAGAUACAACUUCUGGAAAUAAAACAAAUGAAUUAGAAUUAUGUAGAAUAGACCAAUUAACUGAUAGUAUUUUUGAUCUUUUAAGGAAAAAAUAUGAAGACCUUUCUAAGAUCGAAGAUGAAUCGAUUUUUGAGAAAAUUGACAUUUCACAAAAUAAAAGUAACUCUUUAAAUUUAAAUAAUGAGUUUCCAUUUGAGCAGUCAUGGUCGUCUUCAGAUUUUGCGAAUACAUUAAAUAACAUAUAUACAGCCAAUAACUUUUUAGAUAUCCCAAAUCAACCUUGUCAUAAUACUUUCGAACUGCCUAAGAAAGCAUUUGGCAGAGGGCGAAGUAGAUCUAGGCAAGUUGAUAUAAAAGAUAGACCUUUUAUUUGCGAAUAUCCUGAGUGUAAAAGAGCAUUUAAGAGAUUUGAGCAUUUAAAACGCCAUAAUAAAAUGCAUACGGGGGAAAGGCCUUAUAAAUGUAAAUACCCGGGAUGUUUAAAAACCUUUUCUAGAAGCGACAAUCUUGCGCAACAUUCAAAAAUUCACAACGUAUCCACAAAAUCACAAAGUCUUACCUUUCAAAACUAUUAUGGAACAAAUAAAGAUUUAGAUUAA